AUGGCCGCACCGCCCUCCCAAGAUAGCGAUACCGAAUUCGGCUACGACUUUUCUCCCGAAGAUGAAGAGGCCCUCAUCCAACUCGUCUCGCCCACCGUCGUCAAGUCUCGCCGUCCACUGGUUGACAGCGUCGCUACCGACACUCACAUUGCGGACGAUGGCUCCGUGACUACAGCCAGAGGCUACUACGUGCAGCACAGUAUAGACAACCGUGCGCCGACCGAUGGUGACCCUCCCUUCCCCGCUGGCGGGGCGCCUGCAUCUCCAGUGUCGCUCGGCGAUGACGUCGUCCAGUACCCCGAUUGUACAGCACUCGAAUUGGCCGAGGCUAGGCGCCAGAAGGACUCGGCACCGGUUGACAGGCGGAAGCACCAUGACGGGCACCCCAAGGGCGAUGGCAACCGCUCACCCUUGGAGAGGUUUCGCACGUACCCUAAGAAGCCGUUGACCGUCAGCGACCUCACGUCCGGCGCAUGGUGCGAGCUUCAGUAUGAAUAUACCCUCACACGUCUGCCCGGCGGUCGUCGUACACGCACGGCGGCCAUGAGAGAGGGCUCCAAGGUCCACCGGAAGCUGGAGGACGAGGUGCACACGACGGUCAAGGUAGACAUCAUGACGAGGGAAGAUGGCUUUGGCCUACGGCUGUGGAACCUGGUCCAGGGCCUACGGACCCUCCGCGACACAGGACUGACGCGCGAACUCGAGGUCUGGGGCAUGGUGGACGGCAACGUGGUCAACGGCGUCAUCGACGUCGUGAGCUACGAAAAUCCCAACCCGCAGUUCGAGUCCGAGCUCGCGGUGGAGGGGUUUCGGAUGCAGAGCGGGUCGAACCAGUCCGUCCUGUCCGACUACUUCCCUACUCAGAGCAGACGGGGCACCCCGGCCCGACGCAAGAUAUACCUGGGGGACGUAAAGACGCGUGGAUCGCUGCGGCCCGUAUCCAGCGCUGUGCUGCGGCCGGCCAAGAUACAGCUGCUACUCUACCACAGCUUCCUCGGAGCCAUGGCGGCCGGGGAGCUAGACUAUACCAGCGUGGCAAGACGCUACGGCCUCGAUGUCGACGAGCCCUUCUCCGACAUCUUCCUGGCCGAGAUCGGAGGCCUGCACGACGAGAUGUUUUACGAUGCCGACGACGACCGUGAUGACGAUCACGAUCCCCCGCCGGGGAGCGGGAGCUCUCAGAACAGCGACGUGCCGCCGCCAAGCAUCCUGUCCGGCACUCCGCAGCCAGGCCCAGACCUCCUCAGGUACAGGACCAUCCGCGAGCUCCUGCGCCUUGUCUCGGACGAGGUCUGCCAAACAUUCCCAGAGGGUCGAGACUCGCUCGGCUACAUGCUGCGCAUCCAGUACGUGCACCGCAACGACGGAAGCAAACUCGAAUCCCACGACUUCCCCGUUUCCAAGAUUGCGCUGGACGAAUACCUAGCCAAGUACAUGUCCUGGUGGCGCGGGGAGAGACCAGCAGUGGGAAUAUCUGACGUUGAGGAGGCAUUCAAGUGCCGCACCUGCGAGUUUGCCGAGGGCUGCGAGUGGCGCGACGCUAUGGAUCGCGAUCUCGUCAGCAAGGCGCGAGCCAAGAUGCGAGCGAGAGGUUAG